CCAGCGGCGGGUUGUAGUACUUCACUGUGAGCAGCGGAGCGGAGCCACAGAGCGCGAGGCUGAUCCGUGGCAACACACUCCGCUCGUGCAGACAACACAGACAUCUCCACGCGCCAUUGCGUCCACUCUGCGUGUCCUCCGCCGUGUUCACGCACAGCUCCACGCGCAGAGAGGAUGGUCCGGGCGCUUGGACACUGUGCACAGCAGCGCGGACCCGGGAUUUAGUUAAAAGAGAAGUUCGGGAAUUUUGAGUGAACAGCGGCAGUGGAUCGGGACUCGACCCGGAGACGUGGAUUUUAGAGGACUUUUAUUUACCUCAGCACUGAGGCGAAAACUCAAGCGUGGAGUUACGGAUAUAGGACCAAUUCUUUCUUCAGUUUUUGGAUUUAAACACUUGUUUUUUUUUAUUAUUGAGAUACACACGGCAAGUGGGACUCUUCAGACCCCUGGUGUGCUCUCCUGGCUCUGGAGGCAGGAGGUCGUGGACAGAAUGAGCCUGCAGGAUGAGCUCUGAGCUGGGCCUCGCUGCUCCGCAUCCCCCCUCGUCGUCCGGAGGAAUGACAGCUCUGUGGCGCCCCCUCUGGCUCUGCUGCGUCCUGCUGCCUCUGUAUGUCACCGCGGCCCGGCUGCCCACUGCUCCACCCACAGACCCAGCGUCCAGUGAAGCGGCCUUCCUGGAGGACUUUAUCUUGGGCAUGGGGGACACUCUGGAUAUGUCCUGUGAUGCGGCUGACCCGUCCAAACCCGUGGUGUGGUUUAAAGACGGGGUCAGUCUGGUGUCUCAUAACAGGACCAGGGUGGGGCAGAGGAUGUUACGCAUCAUCAACGUGUCGUACGAGGACUCGGGGGUCUACUCCUGCCGCACAGUCCACAACAAUGCACUGGUCAGCAACUACACCAUCAGGGUGACAGAUUCUCUGUCAUCUGGUGAUGAUGAAGACUAUGAUGAAGAUCCAGAAGAUGCAGGUAAUGCAAAUGAAGCUCCCUAUUGGACCAGACCUGAACGAAUGGACAAAAAGCUGUUGGCUGUCCCAGCUGCAAACACGGUGAAGUUUCGGUGUGCGGCUGCUGGAAACCCGAUGCCCACGAUCCACUGGCUGAAGAACGGCCAGGUGUUCAAGGGAGAGCAGAGGAUGGGAGGCAUCAAGCUGAGGCACCAGCAGUGGAGCCUGGUGAUGGAGAGUGCAGUUCCUUCAGAUCGGGGGAACUACACCUGUGUAGUACAAAACAAAUAUGGCACCAUCACACACACCUACCAGCUCGACGUACUCGAGCGGUCUCCUCACAGACCCAUCCUGCAGGCUGGACUCCCGGCCAACCAGACGGUGGUGGUGGGCAGUGACGUGGAGUUUCACUGUAAAGUCUACAGCGACGCGCAGCCGCACAUCCAGUGGCUCAAACACAUCGAGGUCAACGGCAGCCGCUACGCUCCCGACGGCGCUCCAUACGUCAACAUACUCAAAAGUAUUGUGAGUAAACGCAUUGAGAUCCAUGAUAAGUUCAAAAUCUUCAAUGUCACAGAGAAAGACGCUGGGAAAUACUGGUGUCGAGCCUCCAACUUUGUAGGCAAAUCAGAGAGGCCCUUCUGGCUUAAGAUUCACAAACCAGCAGUGAGCGAGGGGAAAGACGACUACUACGCAGACAUCCUGAUCUAUGUGACGGGCUGUGUGCUCGUCAUCCUCACCGUCAUCAUCAUCGUUCUGUGCCGGAUGAGGAUGACCACCCAGAAGACCCUGCCCACGCCCCCUGUUCAAAAACUGUCCAAGUUCCCCCUCAAGAGACAGCAGGUCUCCUUGGAUUCAAACUCCUCCAUGAACUCCAACACUCCCCUGGUUCGGAUCGCACGGCUCUCCUCCAGCGACGGGCCCAUGCUCGCCCACGUGUCCGAGCUGGAGCUGCCCUCGGACCCCAAGUGGGAGUUUCCGCGGACAAGGUUGACCUUGGGUAAGCCGUUGGGGGAGGGCUGCUUCGGUCAGGUGGUCAUGGCUGAGGCUGUGGGCAUCGAUAAAGAAAAACCAAACAAGCCCCUCACUGUCGCUGCCAAAAUGUUGAAAGAUGACGCGACAGAUAAAGAUUUGUCAGACCUGGUGUCAGAAAUGGAGAUGAUGAAGAUGAUUGGGAAACAUAAAAACAUCAUCAAUCUGCUGGGAGCGUGUACACAAGACGGUCCUCUGUACGUGCUGGUGGAGUAUGCGUCUAAAGGAAACCUCAGGGAGUACCUCAGAGCGCGGCGACCUCCUGGGAUGGACUACUCCUUCGACACCUGUAAAAUCCCCGAUGAGACGCUCACCUUUAAAGACCUGGUGUCCUGUGCCUACCAGGUGGCACGCGGCAUGGAGUACCUCGCCUCCCAGAAGUGCAUCCACAGAGACCUGGCGGCCCGAAAUGUCCUUGUGACUGAGGACAAUGUGAUGAAGAUCGCAGACUUCGGACUGGCCAGGGACGUGCACAACAUCGACUACUACAAAAAGACCACCAACGGUCGUCUGCCUGUGAAAUGGAUGGCACCCGAGGCACUUUUUGACCGGGUCUAUACUCACCAAAGCGACGUGUGGUCGUAUGGCGUGCUGCUCUGGGAGAUCUUCACGUUGGGGGGGUCUCCAUAUCCCGGGAUACCAGUAGAGGAGCUGUUCAAACUGCUGAAGGAGGGACACAGGAUGGACAAACCAGCCAACUGCACACAUGAACUGUACAUGAUCAUGAGGGAGUGUUGGCACGCUGUCCCGUCCCAAAGGCCCACGUUCAGACAACUGGUGGAGGACCACGACCGGAUCUUAUCUAUGACCUCCACAGAUGAGUAUUUGGACCUGUCCGUGCCAUUUGAGCAGUACUCUCCCACCUGUCCCGACUCAAACUCCACCUGCUCCUCAGGCGAUGACUCCGUUUUCGCUCAUGACCCCCUCCCUGACGAGCCCUGUCUUCCCAAGCAGCUGUCUUCAAACGGGGCCAUUCGGACUUAAAGCAUGCCCCCUUUCUCGCCCACCAAUCUCAGCUACAAACUCAUGCAAUACAAUGUCUUAAACUCUGUGAAAACUCAGAGUUGUAGACUUCUUCCUCAACUUCGAGACUCCAGAAAACGUGAAGGAUUAUUUUGUUUUUUUCUUGAAUAAAGUUAUAUAUUUUUGUACUUGGGCCAGUCUUUUGUUAUACGGAUCAUCUGUGGGAGAAACCAUUCCGUGCCUAUUGGGAUUAAACCUCCUCAGACUCAAAAAGUUAUGGACAAAUAUUUAAAACAACACACAAUGAAGGGCAUUGGUCAGUCACCAGGAAGGAACUUGCAACAAACACAUCUGAUUGGUCAUAACGUUACCAGCAAGAAACCAUAAACCUGACAUGGAUGAGACUAAUACUUCCGAAGACAUUUUUUUCCACACAUUUUUCAAAGGAUUAUUAUGUGAACAUUUGAGUUUCUAAGCGCCACAACCCGAACAAGCUGUUUUUGUGAUACAUUCAGGGUCGUUCAGUCAUAAGUACAAAUGUUUGGAGGGUUUUUUAAUGUAUCUAAAAAUGAUUUAUUGUAAAUAUACAAAUGCAAAUAUGUAUGAUAUAUCCUCAGCUGUAAAAGACAAAAAACAUUUUUUAAAUAUUGUUUAGGACCGGAGCGUUGCAGUCUAGAAGACACUGUCGAUGUGUAAAACAUUUAAUCAUUUAAGAAAAGGUUUAUUUGAAUAAUUAACAUGUAUAUUUGUAAAGAUAUUUAUAGAGUUAACAUGUGGUUCCUAAGAAAAGUUUAGUCUAGGUUUUAGUACUGUACGCAGAUUUUUAUUUUGAUUUUUGUAACUUAUUUUAUGGCAGAACUGCGACGUGAUUUUCACAACUGGCAGGCUUCUCUGAGUUUGAUCCAUCUUAGAUGUUUGGUUUGUUUACAAGUUUUUAAAGAGCGAAUGUAUGACAGACAGAAGACUAUUGUGCAAAGCGAGUGUGAAUCGAGCCCCAGCGGAGACUCGUGGUUUUGUUGAUGUUUGCGAAAGUGAAAAGCAACGAUGAGCUCUUGCUGGGCAAGAAAAAGCAGCGCUUCACUCUAUGUGCCAGAGAGGCCUUUCAGCGCGACUGAAGUACUUAGAGACAUGAGAGACAUGGACCACUCCUCACUGUAGAGCAGCCUCCUGAAUAAAACUCACAUGUUUUUAAUGACAAGACACAAUGAUUCAACAUUCAAUCUGGUAGAUUUAAAUGCUAAUAUUAAUGUGAAUUUUCUGCAUCAAAACAGUAUGUUCCCAUUGCCUGGGUGUCAGCCCAGUAGAGAAAAGUGCCAUGUGCCAUAUACUUGAUUGGUAUUUCCUACUCUUUUAUUCAGAAGGUCUGCUGUUGUAGCAGGGAGGCUGUGUGGUGAUGCUAAAGCUAAAGGCAGUGUUGUACAUUGCACAACAGCUGCCCAGAUGUUAUCGCUGCUGUCUAGUAUUAAAACUGAAAUGAAGGAAUGUUGUUUGGUCUUUUGACCUCACAGCUUUUAAUAAAUAUUUCUAAGCAGUAUAUUUGUAUCAGUUUGUCUAAAGAAACUGUAGUCAAAAGUGCCAAAUUGAGUCUUAUUUUGGCUUGAUUCGCUGCAGCGUGGACGGGUGCAGUGAAGGAGCAUGGGAUUGCCAAACGGACAUCUUUUUCUUUUUUUCUUCCUGUUUCAGCAUCUGUCAGCUGACCCCAAACACAAAGCAGGGGUGAAAUGUUUACACAAAGCCACACCGCUAAAGGAAAGGCAAUUUGUAGUGUCAUUGAAGGUUUAGGCUCUCAUUCACUCGCUGCUAAACGAGUACACUUCACUGUGCAAUGGCCUUUUUCAGUAUUUUCUAUGAUUUUCUCCCUCUGGAUUGGAUAAAAGGAUGGACACAGUGAAUAUUGACGUCAGCCAGUUUGUACCUAUUCAGUUCUAGGCACAUGUCAGCCAUAAAUGAAGCAGUAAUGCGAUGUUCUGGCUUAAAUGUUUGUCCGUGAAUCAAAAUCAUUUUAUUGGUAAAUAAUAAAAAAAUUACCCAUUCUAAGGUCAAUGACAAAGAGAGACAACCUUAUUCUGAAUUGAAUCGGAAUACCAGAAGACUAACCAGAAAGUCUAGACAGCAACACAGCCUACAAAACUGGAGCUAAACUCAAGAUGGCGCUAGAGAGAAAUGACCUCAUAUUACACCUGUGUCCAUCUUUCUAUAGAGUCUGGUCUUACCCUCUGUCUGUCCCAGUGCCCCAACACUUUUGUGAGUACUUAAACCUAUUUAUUUGCUUUGCUGUAAAUGUUUUCUUUUAAAAUGCCAGUUUUUAUUGUCAAUAUAAUAAAGGCCUUUGUACAGUACGCUAUAUCACUAAACAAAAAAUUUAAAAAGUUAUUUUUUUUCAGUAUAUUUGGUUUUGGUCCACAUCUGAAGUGCCUGGAGAGUAACGUUUUAUUUUGAAUGUAAAAUUUUAAAAUAACAUAAUUUACUUCACAAGAAAAGGGCACUUCAAAUUGUUGAUAAUAAUUUAUUCUUCCAUGUUGAGUAAAAAGCUUUCCCUAUGGUGAGAGUGUUUUAUUCAACAAUAUUUUACCAUACGCUCACUUGUCUGAAUGCUGAAUUUUCCCAUCAGGCCUUGCUGUAUUUAUCUGACUUUUUCAUGCUUUUAUUUUGAAAUCCUCUAAGGCCUUUUCCUGUUUUCUUUGUCUCUGUUGGAUCACUACUUCAAAUGGAGGUGUAGCUUUUGGCAGCGAAUAAACUCAAGUUGAAAUGGACACCAAGCAUUUUAUAUAAUAAGACGUUUUUAACAUGUUUUGUAACAGAACACAAUCUGCUUCGAAUAAAACUACAAGAUGUUGAAAACUACAAA